AUUUCCAAACAAUUCGUUCAGUAAUUAAAGAGAAAGGCAAUUUUUUUUCAUAACGAUAAGUAAAACAAGGAACAACAACUUAACAAAACUAUUUCGUGUCCAAUGAGAAGAAAAAAAAUUCGUCUCCGACAACAAACUUUUCAAAGUUCAGCAAAUGAUCCCCGUACGAGCGCAAGAGCAAGAUCACUACCAUUAGCUGAAAGCACUGCUUGCACUGCGGAGCUGCUCGAGGACGGAAGAACGAAGUUUCAAAUAGGAUAAGUGUCGGUAUUUAAUCCUGUAUAUAAUUAUGGAAUUGUUUUGGGGCGACGAAUCGGAUGAUGCUCAGAGUCGGUCAUCUACAAUUGCACCUAUGUUUCAUCAGUCUGUACCUGAAACAAGAAAAAUCACUCAAAUCACAGGUUAUGCGCCACCAUCUGCUGUACUGGCUGAAGCUCAAGCUCGAAAAGAAAUUAAUGUUUGUAAAACAGGACCUAAGGAUAUUCCAAACCAGCUUAAAAGAGAUUUUGCUUCAGGCAAGAGAAAUGCUGCUGCAUGUUUGAAUGAAGUUUGUCAACUUCAGAGAUGGAAAUAUGAUUAUAAUGAAACGAAUCCUUCCAAACCAUUUGAUGCAUAUGGACGUGCAAAUUUUGCAAUAAUGGCAGUAGUCAAUGGCGUUCAAUACACUCCUGGUGAAGGAAGAAAUAAAAAAGAUGCAAAAGUAGAGGCCGCUCGAAAUGCGUUAAAUGAAAUUCUAGGACAAAAUCCUGAUCAAAUACCUCAUAUGCAAUCAGGCAGGCAAGACUAUGACAUGUAUGGCCGUGCUGUUCCUCUGCAUAAUAAAACAGCAUCUUCAGUUCCUCUCCCUGAAACACGCAUGUACAAGCCAAUUCCCAAACCAGUUAUGCCACAGAAGACCAACUUUUUACCAGCACCUUCAAGAUCUGUACAAAUGGAAAUGCUCAAAAGAAAAAUAGUGCAACUCAUGAAAGUGUUGGAAGCUCUCGCAGAGAAAAUGAUUACUGAUCUGCUGAAUAAAAAUCCUAAACUUCUUGCAGCUGCACAAUACGGUGUAACGGCACAAUUUAUUGUGAAAAAAGCUGGACUGAAAGGAGAAGUAGUUGCAUUAGGAACAGGAGAUAUGUGCUGUGAUGGAGGUGAUUUGAUAACUGAUGGAACUGUAUUGUUCGAUUGUCAUGCUGAAACCAUAGCAAGGAGGGCAUUCAGAAGAUAUCUUCUUAAUCAAAUUAGACAAUGGUACAUUGGACAAGAAGAUUCGAGAAAGGAAUGUAUUUUUGAAAAAACAGAUGAUUCCAAUCUUCUAUGUCUCAAAGAUACAGUGACAAUACAUCUUUAUUUAAAUAAACCUCCUAAAGGUGUGGCAAGAAAUAUCAAAAGGACAUCUGAACAAUCUUCUGGGGAUGAACUCAACCUAACAUUUCUUCAAGAUCAAGGUUCGGAAGAAACAAGAGUGCCAUCAUAUGUCCAGGUUUCAAUCAGUGCUUCAGAUGUUUUAUCAAUGAAUAAACGAAAAAUGGUGACAAUGUCUGGUACUGAUAAAAUAACGAAAUGGAAUAUAUGUGGUGUUCAAGGUUCUUUACUCAGCCUCCUCAUCGAACCUGUCUGCUUGAGCUCAAUUACUAUUGGGUUUGAUAAUGAUGCUGGUGAUUGUCAUGCACUUAGUCAAGGUGUUAAUGGGAGAUUGGAUGACGCAUUGAAUCAAUAUCUACCGGAUAUGUUCUUUGUUAAUCACAUCAACAAAAUCGGUUCUUAUUUCAUAAAAAAUCCAAAAUCAAUGGUGGCAUUUUUUGAAGACAUGGAUCAUUUAAGUAUCAACUGGACAGUAGGAGAUGAAAAUGUUGAAAUUGUUGACGGGAACACAGGAAAGAUAGAAAGAACCUGUGAAAAUGGCGAUUCUCCAAGUCGCAUAAGUAAAUUGGCAUUUUAUGCAUCAUGCAUGACACUUAAUAUUGAGAUGGAAAACACAAUAUUGCAGCCAACAGAAAAUUAUCAUCUGGCAAAACAUUCCUGCCAAAGUUAUCAAGAUACGAAGCGAGUUUUAGGUGGUCAUCUAAGAGAAAGUGGGCGAGGCUAUUGGGUCAAUAGACCAAAGCAAGUCGAUUGUUUUAAAGUGUGAAUCGUUUUGUGGGCUGCUACAAUGAAAGCUGAAUUGAAACGCCUUGAAUAACCGAUUGCCUUCAAGUUAUGAACUACUUUGAGAGAAGCUGAUGUAUAGACUUUUAAAUAUUUCAACCGAAUGCAUUUUUUUACAAUUCCACCAAUUUCGAUAAUUUUAAAAUGGACCCAUACCAAGAAAAGCUGAUGGAACGGCUCAAGCGUAUUACAAACAGCAGCCUUUUCCCAGUUACUAUUUCGGUAUAUAGUUGGUAAAAUAAGGUGCUUGUCUGCUUUUUCACAUUCUUUUGUUUUUGUCCUUAUUCUUUUUUCACUGUCCUUAAUAUUUUAAAACACAAGUAAAACUCGGAACUUUUUUGAUCAUGGUGACAUUGUUUGUAUUCCACUUAUUCAUUAAAUGUUGUAUUUCACAUA